AGCCAUUUUGGCUCAAGGCUUUUACGGGCAUUUACGGGCAAGUCGCGCGCCUGGAAGCAAGUGCAUACUCAUCCGUUCUGAAAGCGCAUUAUUGAAGUGCCGCCGUCUGUCGCCAUGCGGCGGGCAUCCGUUGCGAAAACGGGCGCCAGCACGGGUGCGGAUUGGCCGGAACAGUUCGGCAAUUACUACGGUAUCGCCAAUGACUGUAAUGCAAUUGGCGAAAUUGCGGGUCGCACCAUUCAGGUGCAGGAUUCAAACAUGUCUCUGACGGAGACCGUCGAAUUUUAUCGCGACGGGCAGCUUAUGUCGAGCGAAACAGAGACCUACAAAGGCGAUGUGGAUCACAUCCACAAAACGUUCAGGGUGUUCCACGGCGACCAGGUUGGUCAAAUAUGCUUCAACAGCGAUUUCUCUGUCAUGAAGUGGUAUUGGACCGGCCACAGUUUCGACACAAUCUCGCUUUAUUUCAGGGCAACGCCUCCGUCCCCUAUCGCGCCAGAUCUUGUACCCGGCACGGACAUAGGGGCGCUCUAUCUCAAAAUGAAAGAGGCUUUGUUUUUCAUGCAUGGCAAGGGUCUCUGGGAGCAUGGUUCCAGGCACGAUGUCCAGUGCGAGUUUGGCAUCGACGAGGUCAUGUCAAUUGACACGAUUGAGCAGUCAUUCAAAGCCAAGGCAAAGCUGAGAUAUUUGUGGCUUGCGCCAGCAGAGGACGUGUACCGCAGCAUUAUCGAUCCUUCCGGUUGGGAACCUACCUGGCUUCCGCCAGGAUUUGAGAUCUUGAACGCCGAAAGCGAGGAUGCUGUCAAGCUCACUUCGGAUGCCCUCGAAGUCACGGAGAGGAAUGGACAGAUUUUCUGCUCGCGGACUUUUCAUAUGCGGGGGACAUUCCACGAGAAGAUGGAGCUCCAACGUUUCCCUUUCGACGUGCAGGAGUUGAAAAUGCUCGUGGGCGUCGGCGGUGCCGACGCCUGCACGCAGGUCCUUGCCCCCGAAGGGGACAUCGACAUCGCCGCUGUGGAGGGUUCCUGGACAUUUCAAGGUCAAAGCCAGGGUUUGCUCCAGCAGUCAGGGCGCAUUUGCGCGUUCUGCUGCUUCAAGCGAGAUCCCACGUCCUACAUGCUGCGCGUGAUUUUCAUUUUGCUGCUUAUCAACAUUCUCACGCUGGGCCUUUUCGCUCUUGAUCCAGUCGAAUCAGCGCCUGACCGAAUGUCGAUCGCCAUCACCAUGCUGCUCACAGCAGUGGCCUACACUUUCGUCGUAUCAGGGUGUCUCCCCGAACUAGGAUACUUGACGAUGCUGGACAAAGUGGUGCUCAUGACAUUUUGUUUUCUUGCGAUCGUCAUCAUUCAGGUGGUCAUGAUCCCCGCCCUUGCCAAGCACACAGACAUCGAUAUCGAAACCUUCAACGCGGUCUGCUUCAUUGCAGACUCUGGCAUCCUCCUCGUACUCAUUAUUAUCGGAGUGAUCCACAUCGUCUGCUCGGUCAUGCCCGCGGAGGCCGCAAAGCUCCACAUGUUAAAGCAGGACAUGAGAAGGGCGACAAGGCGGACAAGGGCGGACAAGGGCGAGGAAGGAGGCAACGAAGAGUAGCAGCACCAUGACGGUGCAGCAGGACACGGAGUAGGCGGGCUGACUCUUCCAGCGGCGGCGCUCCGCAUGUACAGGUAUGUCGCGCAGGUCCGCUUUCGGGGACCCCGCCACCAGCAGAUACCAAUUUCGUCGCUGGAUGGGUGUUCCGAUUUGGUAUUGUAGUGGCCUCCGGCCAGUGCCGCCGAUCCGGGGCGCUCUGGAUGAUGAAGAUGGUGAUGUUGGUGGUGGU